AUGGGAGAUAAGACGAGUUUGUCAAGGAGCUGUGCCGAGAGAGUGCUGUCCCUUGAUUCACUGCCGGCGUGUGAACUGGGCCGAGAGUUCAGCGCGUUCCGAGGCUGCGCUAAUUCUACUUCGCGCUCAUCACUGUUAUCAUUUUCUUCUAAAAGAAAAAAGCUAAACAGUCAAUUGGUGCCUAAAUUGCUAGAACCAGAACAAGAGGAUGGAGAAACUGUGACAGUAGCAUAUGUUGAUGAUGGAGAAAAUUUGAUAACAAAUGUGGAUGAUGUAGAAAGUUUGACAGUAGCAGAUGUGGACGAUGGAGAAAAUUUGACAAUAGCAGAUGUGGAUGAAGCUGAAAUAGCUGAAGAGAUAGUUGUGACAGUUGAUGUGACUACCUCCAAUGAGGAUGUCACACAUACAUCAGAUAGUUUAAAUGAUUCCUUGGCAACUAUACAGACAACUGUCACGGUCCCAGGUGGCCAUGUAGUAACUGAAGAUAUAACUGAGUCAGAUAGACCCAGCUCCGCAUUUGUUUUUAAAGAUUCUAAUUUUGUUCAUUCUAGUAAAGGCAUUGCUGGAAAUAAAAGGACAAGGGUGUGGAAAAAUCUGAAGCAAAUAGUUGCAGCAGAGAGGGCGCUGCAGUGGGGACCAGAUGAUGUCACUUAUGGUUCAAUUGAUGCGCCUCCAUCUUUUCGACCUGCUAAAAAGUAUUCAGACAUUUCAGGGCUUGAGGCCAAAUAUACAGACCCACGCACAAAAAUGCGGUAUGCUAAUUCAGACGAGUACAGGAGGGUCCAUUUAUUACCUAAUGAUAUCAUAACUGGAUGUUUGCAACUUCGUAAAGCUAAUACUCUAAUGCCUUGA